UCGGUCACUCAAUGGUUGCACUGCCUCGUAUAUAUGACGCAACUGGUAAGUACUCCACGUUAACCGAGCCCAAUUCCCACAAUCGAAGGGAGCCGCUCACCGCCAUCACCGACGCCACCGCUGCCGCAAUCCCGAUUCCCACUCACGCCUCCCUCCGCUAGCCGGCCAACACCAAUCAAAAGCACCGCCGGAUCGACUCCAAUAGCGGUGCUUGCUCUUAAUCUGGCUGCGGUGGCCGGCCCAACCACACCGCGGAGUCGGAGCUCUCGGAAGAGCCUUUAAUGGCGUCGGGGUCACAUCGCCGUCCAUAGGUCUGCGGUGGCGAGGCGUUAACUUGCCCACUCGUUGCUCAUCCUAUCGCCAUUCGCCAGCGGCCUAGUGCAUUGCACACUAUUGAUAGAUACGUAUGCAUACGGCGCCGGAGAUGAACGGCCGGGCUCGGAGGCCGGCGGCGGCGCGCGGCGCGGAGGCCGCCCCGAAGAACGGCAGAGUGAUGGAGAAGGAUCCGAGGAAGGUCGCGAUGCCGGUGAAGGGAUCGGCGUCCAACGCGGUCACUAGGGGCGUCAUGAACAGAAUUCAGUCGAGGAGAGACCGGAGGCUCGCACUGCAGCAAGAUGUUGAUAAGCUCAAGAAGAAGCUGCGUCACGAGGAGAACGUCCACCGAGCUCUGGAGAGGGCGUUCACGAGGCCGCUCGGAGCUCUGCCUCGCCUGCCGCCGUACCUACCGUCUCAGACGCUAGCUCUUCUCGCGGAGGUGGCGGUGUUGGAAGAGGAGGUCGUCCGGCUGGAGGAGCAGGUGGUUAAUUUCCGGCAAGGGCUCUACCAGGAGGCGAUAAUCUUUUCCUCCGCCAAGAACACGCACCUCCCCGGCGGCGUGGGUUCCGUGCCGGCGCAGAUCAUACCGUCGAGCCCCGUGCCAAAUUCGGAGGUCUCUCCAUCGGUACGCCACGGUUCAGACCACCCUCCCUCUCGUCCAUCGCUGAACAACGGAGUCGCUGGUGGCAAGCAAACUGCAAGCAAGCCGGUCCCUUCCUCGCCGAGCCAAGAUGGUCUCUCCGGGGCAGGGAAAGAAAACCAAUCGUGCAGCAAUAUGUCGAGCAGGAACUGUCGCCAGACGCCGUUGCAGCAGAAAACGCCCAAGUCCAGGGUGGCGCCGGCAGCAGUAACACCAGACAAACGCAGAGUUACUCCUGCUCAGACAACUAGUGCAGCGCCUGACUGUAAAAGACCUGCAGAAGCUGCCGGCAGCAACCCUGACAAAGCGUCCCAGGCCGACUCGACCGUGCCGAACAAACUGUCCGAGGAGCUGCUGUGGUGCCUGCUGACCAUCUUCUCACAGAUGAGCUCGGCUGCCGGCGGCCAGGGUGACGAGGAACAGCCGGCGCCGUCCCCGUCGGUCUCAGGCUCCAGCGAGAGCUCGGAGGACGCGUACCCGCAAGACCCCUACGGUAUCCUGGAGCUGGGCGCGAGGGACAUCGGCCCGUACAAGCGGUUCCACGUGGUCGACGCUGCUUCGUUCGAUCGGAACGCGCUGGCCGGUGACACGCUUCUUUCUCGGAGAUUGAAGGCGUUGCUGCGAAGGCUGUCGUCGGUUGGCCUGGCGGGGCUCUCGCAUCAGCAGAAGCUGGCGUUCUGGAUCAACAUCUACAAUUCCUGCAUGAUGAACGCGUUCCUGGAGCAAGGGAUACCAACCACCCCACAAAUGCUUGUGGCGAUGAUGCCAAAGGCGGCAAUAAACGUUGGUGGGCGCACGCACAGCGCCAUGGCCGUCGAGCAUUUCAUCCUGAGGCUGCCCUACAGCGUGAAGCAGGUGAAUCCGGAAGGAACGAAGGACGACGACGUGUCGGCGCGAGGCGCGUUCGGGCUGGAGUGGCCUGAGCCCCUGGUCACCUUCGCGCUCUCCUGCGGAAGCUGGUCCUCCCCUGCUGUGAGGGUGUACACGGCGGCCCGCGUCGAGGAGGAGCUGGAGGCGGCGAAGAGGGACUACCUACAGGCCGCCGUGGGCGUGUCGACGCCGGGGAAGCUCGCGGUCCCGAAGCUCCUGCACUGGUACCUCCUUGACUUCGCCAAGGACGUGGACUCCCUCAUGGACUGGGUCUGCCUGCAGCUGCCGACCGAGCUGCGGCAGAGCGCGAUGCGGAUCGUCGAGGACGGCAGGCGGGCGGGUGCCGAGCCCCGGCGCAUUCAGGUCCUGCCGUACGAGUUCAGGUUCAGGUACCUGUUGGCCUCGUGAAGCAGAAUUGACCGUCACACAUACUGCACGAGUCGAGAAGGUGUUUGUAGCUUGCACACAUGUUUUGCAAUAAAAGGCUAGAUUGCUGUGCUUCUGAAAUUUUACCUUUGUAAAGGAAAGAAAAUAGUAAAAAAGUUUCUGGGUGAGAAUUUGAGGUCAUUGAUCCACAAUUUGUUUACAGGG